UUACGAAACAAACAUAUAAUAAAGAAACGCGCUGUUCUAUAGUGGAUAUUCGAUCUAUUCAAAUAAAAAGAAAAAAAUAAUCUAAAUAUCGGAGUGAAAUUGAUUAGAUUUAAGUACGUUAAACGUAUUCAAAUUUAUUUGCUUACUGGAAAAAUCGUGUGUGCCUAAUAUCGCGUAGAUGCAACAGAAUAAUUCGGACAUCGUUAGACGUCAUCAAGUGUCCAAGUCGUUACAUUGUAAUGGACAACAGGAGCACUUUUCAUGCUUUUGUUGUGCACCCGAUGCAGACCUAUUUAAACACAAGGAGAGACGCAAGUCCUGGUACUCCGACGUAAUUCACAUGCGCAAAUGGUUACCUCAACCACUACGUAAAUUGUCACAGAGUAAGGUGGAAAAACCGUCAACUGAAAAAUCACUUAUCAAGAAGACUUCAGAGAAGAGUCUAAGAUUGCCUCAAAAGCAUGCUGAACACGAAGAUGAAACCACAAGCAGUGGUCUUCACACCACCACAACCACUUAUGGCGUUACAUCACAACAUGCAACUUCAUCAUCACAUCACAAUACGUCACAGCAAGAUUUCGAGGCAGAAGAGGAAGCCGGUUUAGAAUUGCCACCACCCAUGAAACCAAUACAAGAGCCACACUUAAUCGCCAAUGGACCACCUGCAUUUGCAAAGGAUUUAAAAGAAAUACCGGCCAGUACUGGUAAAAUGGAUGGCACUCCUGCAUUAGAUUUGAAUGAAAUUGUACAAAUUGUCAAAGAGACAACAGAACAACAUGAAGAAAAUUCGAAGUUCCUUAAUCCCAGCUAUGACAUGAAUAACACCAGCUGCAGUAGUGAAGCUAAUGGACGUGGCGGGGAACUGGAUUUAUGUUAUGCAAAUAAUGUUAACAACGUAACUGAUAAUAAUGAUGAAAAUAAUACUGAAAAUAAUAAUACGGAAACCGCAUUAAACAAACGUCGAUGUGCUUUAGAUGAACUAAUAUCCACCGAAGAAUUAUAUAUACAAGAUUUAUCAGAUAUUGUUAAUGGGUAUGUUGUAUAUAAAGUCAAUACAUUCUUUCUAAAACUAAUGAAUUUAAGUUAUUUUUAA